AUGAAGAAGACCAUACCUGCCUUUCUAUGUGAUCAACGGCAAAAGAUUCCACCUGUUCCGCAGGCGGACCUCACUGGCAAAGUCGUCAUGGUCAUCGGUGCUAAUAUCGGACUGGGCUUCGAGGCGACAAAGCACUUUGCGAGGAUGAAUCCCGCGCGUCUCAUCCUUGCCUGUCGUAAUGAGGAGAAAGGAGAGGCUGCCAUCUCAGAGCUUGAGGCGGAGACCGGCUAUCAGGGCGCAGAACUACGCAUCGUUGACCUUUCCAGCUUCAAGUCUGUGCAGGAUCUAGCGGCCAGCGUCGACAAUGAUGGUCUCGCGAUCGAUAUCGUAGUCUACAAUGCAGCCGUUCUCAUGAAGGAGCACCAGACGACGGCAGAUGGUUGGGAGCAGACAUUGCACGUCAACGUUUUGUCGGCGCUGCUACUCCCAGUACUCCUCAUACCUGCUGCCCAACGGGCCGCAACUGCGCGCCCUGGCUCCAAACCACGGCUGGUUAUAGUCGGGAGUGAUGUGCACUACUUUGCCGUGAUGCCCGAGAAGGUUAUUCAUGGGCCGAGCGGCAAAGUUCUUCAUGAGCUCAACAAGCCCGAGAACUGGCUAGUGGCAUCCGCGCAACAGCCGCGCUAUAAUCAGUCUAAACUUCUCACCCUCCUUCUCGUCCGCGAGCUCGCAAAGCGUCUGGAGCAUACUCCCAUCAUAGCAGUAGUCGUUAACCCCGGCUACUGCGUAUCUGCAUUGCGUCGCAAUCUUCCAACUGGCCGUCAGCGCGUGGCUCGUUUCAUGGAGAUGGCGGUCGGACGUAGCACAGAGGAGGGUUCUCGUAUGCUGGUCUGGUCUGCAGUCGGCAACGAAGGUCGCGAGGACGAGCUGCGAGGCGCGUAUGUGAACAUCUGUAAGGUGGACGAGCCGAGUGACUUUGUCAUUUCCGAGGUCGGGCAGGAGGUUCAGAAGAGAGUAUGGGCCGAGUCGGUCGAUGUGCUUUCGACCGUAUCCCCAGCCUUCAAGCAGAUCGUGGCGCAGUUAUGA